AUGGCGCAGAUCGAGACGCGGGGGCCACUGAUCGGAGGAAUAACGUGGUUUCUUUGCUUCUUUUGCGGCGCCUUUCUAGCUUUGCGUAUAUACGCAAAGUUGAGUCGACAUCAGAAGCUGUGGUGGGAUGAUUGGAUCCUGAUAUUCUCAUGGACAUGUCUCCUCGUCGAGUCCAUCAUCACCCAAUUGGGGAUUAAUCUCGGUUUCGGCCGCCACUUUUACGAUGUCAAUCCCCAGACGAAUCUCCUCACGAUAGCGAUGUACACCUCCAUCGGCGCCUCGAUAUCAUGUUUUGCCUCAACGGGCAGCAAAGUUGGAUUCGGUGUAACGUUACUGCGCCUUACAAGCGGAUGGUUUAGGGGCUUCGUUUGGUUUGCCGUGGUCACUCUGACACUUGUGAUGUUGCCAAGUGCAACUCUCACUUGGCUGAAGUGUACGCCCGUACAGAAGAACUUCAACAGGCAGAUGGAGGGCACGUGUUGGGACGAAUCAAUCACCCUCAACUACGGGAUCUUCAACGCCGCAUGGUGCGCUGCUAUGGACUUCUUGUUGGCUCUGGUUCCUUGGAAGCUCAUCUGGGGAAUGCGCAUGCGCAAGCAUGAGAAGCUUGGUAUCUGUGUCGCUAUGAGUCUUGGAUGGCUGUCUGGUGUCUGUGCCAUCACAAAAGGUGUCUAUCUUGUCCAACUCGAACAAGGGGACUUUUUCUUUAACGGCAUGGACGUUACGAUUUGGACAGCUGUCGAGACAGCAACCGCCAUUGUUGCUAGUUCGAUACCAGUCCUGCGAGUGUUCUUCAGGGAAAAGGCAUCAACUCUUGGAUACGAAAAGAGUAACAAUGAGAAUUCGAACGAUGUCGUACUGAACACAUACCACACCAGAGUCGUCGAUUUGUCAGUCGCAACCGACACAUCGAAGCCGCUAGAUGAAAUUUCAAAAGAACUAAAAGCGGACGAAACCCGGAGAAAUACUAUUCUCCCCGAGAUCAGGGAGUUUGAGCCACUUUAUGACGAAAUUACGAGAGAGAAAUGCUUCGAUGUCGAAAGCCAAAACGGAAGUCGAAAAGACGAAAUCACAGAAAAGAACGACAUGUCGGCUUAG